CAUACAUGGCAUUCAGACUCAAUCAGCCCAGUAGCGCGGUCGUCAACAUGUGGAUUUAAAAAAAAAUUGAUAAACACGUGUGUGAUAGUGAUAACAGUGUAAAUAAUAAGUGUACAUGAUUUGUACAAAACGACAGUCUCGCAGAUAGACGAAAAACGUUUUUUGGAUCAAAAUAAGGAAACAAAAAUUUACCAAACUCAAUUCAGUUGUAAAUAAUCCCAAAUAUAUUUGAAUUUUAGAGUCAUUUAUGGACUAAGAUCAUUUAAACGACCCAAAAAUAAAAUUGGUGAAAUUUGAGUUCUUAUUGAAGACGAUUUUAAAGCGUCAAAAUGGAGUCCUCCACAGCAAAGGCAAUCGCGAUGUUGACAUUAGGGUUGGGUAGUUUUAUAACGGGUAUGCUUCCCGCCUGUUUCUCUGAGAGUGCCAGACAGAGACACCCUCUAUUCAUAUCUAGUCUUCUCUGUUUUGGGGCUGGGGUCCUUCUGUCUACAUCUUUAACUCAUAUGCUGCCAGAAGCGAGAGAGAAGCUUCCAGAUUAUUCAGAAUUGAUGCUCUGUGUUGGAUUCUUUAUAGUCUAUUUAGUGGAUGAGAUUGUCCAUUUCUUUUAUCAACCAAGUUCUUUACAUCAAGAAAGAAGGUCCUACGGUAGCAGUGAAGAAACUGGGCUUUUAAGUUCUCAAAGGGAUUCGAGAGAUGGAGAAUUGAGAGAGAGAUGUUGUGGUGAUGCAGAUAACCCAAGGAUGUGUCAUGUCAGUCACACUGAGCCUUGUAAUAAAAGUUCGUCGGGUGUGAUCGGGCUGUUGUGUGCACUUUUCGUGCACAGUUUUCUGGAGGGACUGGCAAUUGGUCUUCAGGAAAACGCUUCUCAGGUGCUCAUCCUCCUCGGUGCAGUAUGCUCUCACAAGUUCGUGGUGGGCUUCUGCCUGGGCGCGGAGCUGAUGGCGAGCGCGCCAGGGCGGCUGUGCCCGCACAUUGUCAGCGUGGCGUUGUUCAGUGGGGGCUCUGUGGCGGGCAUCGGCGCCGGCGCAGGUCUAGAGUCUGUCAGCGCGCUGAAGGAUUCUGUUGCUGUCUCAAUCAUGCAGGCCCUGGCAGCAGGCACCCUGCUGUACGUGACUGUGAGUGAGGUGUUGCCCCGCGAGAGGGCGCGCUGGCACGAGCGCAGGCGCAGCGCGGGCGUCGCUCAGUUCUCCUCCGUCUGUCUCGGGUUCGGGGUCAUGUAUCUGCUUACGAUGUACCUCGAUCACGAUGCCUAAAACGUUCGAGUAGAUAGGUAUCUAUUAAUUUUAAACUUAACAGUGAGUUACUUACAAAUAAAAGUAAAAUUAGUGGUAAAUUUAUAAUUAGAUGAAGACUGCCAUAUGAUUGAAUAUGAUUAGUAUGAUAAUAAGUAUUUUAUAUGACAAUAAAACAAUUUUAGCUA